AUAUUAUUGUCAUGGAUUUAAUGUAGGUACCUACCUAGGUUAUUAAUUGUUUAGGUAUUGAACUUUGUAGGACGAACCUAUUUAGGUAUCAGUGUUUUGCAAUGGUGUUUUAUACCUGUGUACAUCCUAUGUAGUUUAAUUUGUAAACAAAAUAAUUAGUUACCUAGGUACUAUUUUUUCAAUAGAACAUUUUAUUGAGUACACAGAAUAUUUACAUUUUGAUUUAAUUCUUAGGUAAUACGUAUGUACAUAUAUUUCUUUUGAAUCUUCUUUGCCAUGGACAAAUUAACAGUUAUUUCAGGGACGCUUUUCAUGGCAGCUGAUGUCUUUGCAAUAGUCAGCUUAGCCAUGCCAGAUUGGAUAAUUACUGAUGUUGGAGGUGAUACACGUCUUGGUCUAAUGUGGUCUUGUAUUACAUUGUAUAACAGACCGCAAGUUUGCUUCACUCCAGACUUACAGCCUGAGUGGCUACUCGCUCUUAUUUGCAUAUUUAUUGGUUGUAUAUGCAUCACCACAACAGUAAUUUUGCUUGCAUCUAGUCAUUUUGAUAGAAAUGUUAUUUCUUAUGCCCGUUGGGUUGGAUUUGCUGCAAUGGUGGUCUUCUGUCUUGCUGCAGUUAUAUUCCCAAUGGGUUUCCAUGUGGAUGAAAUUGGUGGUCAGCCAUACCAAUUGCCCAAUAGCCAUCAAGUUGGAAUCUCAUAUAUCUUAUUUGUUCUCUCACUUUGGAUAACUGUGAUAUCAGAAUUGUUUGCUGGGAAAGUUUGUCUCCCUCAUUUUUAAAAACAUAUAUACAACAGAUCUGCUCUGAUACUACAAAUGUUUGUAAUAACUAUUAUUAGUUUUAAGCUCGUGUGGUAUUGUAAAUCAUUUGUUAUAUAUUUUCAACCUGGUCUUUCUGGGUGUAUUUAAGUUUUAGAACUACACAGUUGAUUUGAAUCCAUAUUGGUGGGUGUGUAUUCUGUGUAGAUCCAGGUAAAGGUUUAAAAUUUUCUUGCUAGAAUGAACAACGUUACUCCAGCAGAAGUAUUUAUUCCUUUUUAAAAAAAGUACGACAGGCACCAAAUGUUUUAUGCUGGGCACAUAUUCUGUAGGAGAGAGGAAUCAUAUUUCUGUAGGAGAUAGGUAUUUUCUACCUGGAGUAACGCACACCCUAUAUGUUGCCCAGGCUUAAUAGCUAUAUAACAAAGUUUCAUUCAAAUCUGUCUAGUAGUUCCGAAGAUUAGCAUGUACAGACAUUAUUUUUUCAAAUUGUUACCUGUUGACGUGACUAUCGCCUAAUUUAAUUUUAUGUUUUAUUCAAUGUGCACGAUUUUUUUUUCUACUAUUUUAUUAUAUGUAUUGAUGAUGAUAAAAUUAAUUUUGGUACUUGACAUUUUGCACCUAAGCCAAUUAAAAUAUAAUUUUUUAUUGGCCUAUUUUGCCUACACGAAGGGUUUAUAAAUGAUGAACGUUUCGCAUAAGUUAUGGUAUAAGGCGCAAAAUGUUCAACGCACACAUUGGUGCGCUUCGAACAUUCAUUCAACGUUUUUUGCCCAUUCAAAAUGUUAAGACCACGCAGAAUCUCAAAGACAAUGUUAGUAGGUUGUAGUACAUAAAUAAAAUAAACUACUUAAAACAGAA